AUGUCACUAAUCUAUACUUGGUUGUCAGCAAGUCUUUCCCAUCAAACACUGGUAGUUCCAGCUAUGUUACUUACAUACAGUACUGAUGAAAUUUCUGCAAACACUGCCAGUGACCUCAGUCGAGACCAUCCCUCAUUAGUAAAAGACAUUUCUGUAAUCAGCGAUAAGAACAUUCCCAUGAGGAUAAUGAGUACUGGACACAUCACUUGGAAUCCUGCGGGAAUAUACCUUGUGGCCUGUAGCUGCGACAUAACCUACUACCCACUUGACGAGCAAACAUGUACGAUUAAAGUCAACACGUGGGGCUACACAAGCAACGAAAUCAGUCUUGAAUUUGACAAUCCAGCGGUUGACAUGAGUUUUUACAGUGAAAAUGGAGAAUGGUUGCUCACAGAUGCAGCGGGAGAAAAUACUAAAGAGAUAUCUCGUGUUGGACAAACAUUUUCGAGUCACACGUUCUGUAUUACGUUAAAGAGAAGACCUAUGUUUCAUGCUCUCAACACUAUGGUUCCAGUGGUUCUAAUGGCGUUCCUUAUUUCAAUGGUUUUUAAACUCCCAGUGGACUCCGGAGAGAAAAUCGGAUACUCUCUUACCGUAUUGCUGGCUUAUGCUGUUUACUUGACCCUGAUUUCAGACAAUAUUCCCAGUACCUCUGUGUCCGUAUGCUACCUCACUGUUUACUUGGUUAUCGUUCUUGCGCUGGGUGUUCUCUCUGUUGCAUUUGUUAUUCUUGUAAUUGGCACCUACCACAAGGGCGACGAGACCGUUCCUGCAUGCUUGGCUCGGAUUGGUCGCUUCAUGGCUAUGAUUUCAUGUGGCGGAAACUGCUGUAAAAAGAAAAACUCUGAUUCAGUGACGGCAAUAGGAGAGCCAAACAAACUUCCACCAAAGAUUGGGAAAUCGGUUGUAGGAUUUGAAGAUGAAGACGUGGAGUCACAUACAUCAAUGACGCAUCAAGAGUUUUCCAAAAUUCUUGACCGAUUCUUUUUUGUUAGUUAUAUUUUGACUGUUAUUCUCACGACGCUAAUAUUUGCAAUCAUGAUUUUUACUAAUCAGUAA